UGUAAGGCAGCAACUCUACCGCUGCGCCACCGUGACGGUCACGUGAUCGCGCAUAUUCAGCAGCGCCACGUUAGUGAAAACAUUUUGAACCAGGAAAUGGCUGCGAAAGACCAGGUCGAGAGUUGGACCGAGGAGGUAAUUUGUCCCAUCUGCCUGGAUUUCUUCACCGAUCCGGUUAUACUGGAGUGCGGGCACAACUUCUGCCGCUCCUGUAUCACACAGAGUUGGGACAAGGAGGUGAGAAACACCUGCCCGGAAUGUAGAGAGGAGUUUGUGGACCGCACCCUCAAAGUAAAUCGGGCCUUGAUUAGACUGUCUGAGAAAGCUCGAACACUGAGCCUGAAUCUCAAAGAGAAGAAAAGUAAACAUCACUGCGAGAAACAUCAGAAAGAACUGAUGUUGUUUUGUGAAGCGGACAAGAAGCUGAUCUGUGUGAUUUGUGCAGCUGGGCGGGAACACAAGACUCACAGCUUCAUGCUGAUAGAUGAAGCAAUUGAAUUCUACAAGGACCAGGUGAAAUCUUUUUUGGAAUCUCUCACAGAAAAGAAAUCAGAGAUCGGGCAAAUGGAACAGAAACAGAAACAGAGUAUUUCUGGAGUUCAGGCAGCGUCACGCAACCUUCAGUCACAGACCACAUCCCAGUUUGCUGAACUGCACCAGAUUCUCACUGAGAAAGAGCAGCGCGCACUCAGAGAUAUCCGGAAGGAAGAGAAGAAGAUUGUAAAAAGAAUGAAGAAAAAUCUUCUAGGGAUUCAAGAUAAUUUAAAUUCCAUUCAGGCGGAACUCUCAAAGUUAAGGGAACAAAUCGAACACAAGGACGGCGUGAUAUUUCUGAAGGAGGAAGCUGGUCGCAAGAGGAGGGUUAUUGAUGAAACCAAACCAAUGUUGCUGGUAGAUGACUUGUUGCCCAUUGAAAAGUUUGAUCGCACCUUUUUCUACAAUAUGGCAUUGAGAGAAACAUCUGAUAUGAUCAAACGAGUCUCCGUCACCCUGGAUGUGGAAACAGCGCAUCCGGAGCUCGAGGUGUCUGAGGAUCGGAAGAGGGUGAGAAAUACCGGGACCGAGAGAAGUCUCCCUGAUACCGGGAAGAGGUUUACAGACUGGCCGUGUGUGCUGGGAUCAGAGGGAUGCACAUCGGGGAGACAUUACUGGGAGGUGGAGGUGGCGGGUAGUCGGGGCUGGUGUCUGGGAGUCGCCGCAGAGUCUGUGAAUAGGAAAGAAGAGGACGACCUGACCCCGGAGACUGGAGUCUGGAGCAUCGACCGUGAAGAUGACCAAUUUGAUGCAGAUACCUCCCCUCCAUCCCCUCUCUCCGCCCGUCCAAUCCCCGGGAGGGUGGGAGUUUAUCUCAGUUACGAGUCCGGGACAAUUUCAUUUUACGACGCGGACACCAAGUCCCAUCUCCACACCUUCACUGGGAAUAAAUUCACGGAGAAACUUUAUCCAUUCUUCGAAACUUAUGACGACAACUGGCUGAGAAUCUGGUCCGGUUCCGCUCCGGAUGUGUAAAAGGGUCGGGUCCCGGGACCGACGUCAGGAACGCGGCUCGGGGGCAGAAACCCAGAGGACAACAGGUCGACGCUGAACCAAACGUCUCCCAUUUAAUCCCCAAAUUCCGCAUCGUGAAACAAACUCCAGUGAGCGCGGAAAUAGUCCCCGCGGAUUGGCGUACUGCGCAUGUGGUUCCAUUGUUUAAAAAGGGUUCUAAGAGUAAACCUAGCAAUUAUAGACCUGUUAGUUUGACUUCAGUUUAGUUUGACUUCAGUGGUGGGCAAAUUAAUGGAAAAGAUACUUAGAGAUAAUAUAUAUAAGCAUCUGGAUAAACAGGGUCUGAUUAGGAACAGUCAACAUGGAUUUGUACCUGGAAGGUCAUGUUUGACUAAUCUUCUUGAUUUUUUUGAAGAGGUUACUAGGGAAAUUGACGAGGGUAAAGCAGUGGAUGUUGUCUAUAUGGACUUCAGUAAGGCCUUUGACAAGGUUCCUCAUGGAAGGUUGGUUAAGAAGGUUCAACUGUUGGGUAUAAAUGCAGGAAUAGCAAGAUGGAGUUAACAGUGGCUGAAUGGGAGAAGCCAGAGGGUAAUGGUGGAUGGCUGUUUAUCGGGUUGGAGGCAUGUGACUAGUGGGGUGCCUCAGGGAUCUGUGUUGGGUCCUUUGUUGUUUGUCAUGUACAUCAAUGAUCUGGGUGAAGGUGUGGUAAAUUGGAUUAGUAAGAAUGCAGAUGAUACCAAGAUAGGGGGUGUUGUGGAUAAUGAAGAGGAUUUCCAAAGUCUACAGAAUGAUUUAGGCCAUUUGGAAAAAUGGGCUGAAAGAUGGCAGAUGGAGUUUAAUGCUGAUAAAUGUGAGGUGCUACACCUUGGCAGGACAAAUCAAAAUAGGACGUACAUGGUAAAUGGUAGGGAAUUGAAGAAUACAGUUGAACAGAGGGAUCUGGGAAUAACCGUGCAUAGUUCCUUGAAGGUGGAAUCUCAUAUAGAUAGGGUGGUAAAGAAAGCUUUUGGUAUGCUAGCCUUUAUAAAUCAGAGCAUUGAGUAUAGAAGCUGGGAUGUAAUGUUAAAAUUGUACAAGGCAUUGGUGAGACCAAAUCUGGAGUAUGGUGUACAAUUUUGGUCGCCAAAUUAUAGGAAGGAUGUCAACAAAAUAGAGAGAGUACAGAGGAGAUUUACUAGAAUGUUGCCUGGGUUUCAACAACUAAGUUACAGAGAUAGGUUGAAUAAGUUAGGUCUUUAUUCUCUGGAGCGCAGAAGGUUAAGGGGGGACUUUGAUAGAGGUCUUUAAAAUGAUGAGAGGGAUAGACAGAGUUGAUGUGGACAGGCUUUUCCCUUUGAGAAUAGGGAAGAUUCAAACAAGAGGACAUGACUUCAGAAUUAAGGGUCAGAAGUUUAGGGGUAACAUGAGGGGGAACUUCUUUACUCAGAGAGUGGUAGCGGUGUGGAAUGAGCUUUCAGUGGAAGUGGUGGAGGCAGGUUCGUCGGUAUCAUUUAAAAAUAAAUUGGAUAGGCAUAUGGAUGAGAAGGGAAUGGAGGGUUAUGGUAUGAGUGCAGGCAGGUGGGACUAAGGGAAAAAAACGUUGUUCGGCACGGACUUGUAGGGCCGAGAUGGCCUGUUUCCGUGCUGUAAUUGUUAUAUGGUUAUAUGGUUAUAUGGUUAAAACCAGUGGGAAUGUAAAUGUGGGAAGAGUGAAAUAAAGAGCAACUGAAAUUAGAGCUGUCUGUCUGUCGAUCCGUUCAUUUUAACCCGUUAACCGCUUCCGGCAACGGAACAGAAAUUACGUUUGUGAAAAUAUAAAGAUUGAACCAAUCUCCCUUCC